UCAGUUUCCUAGAAGAAAGAGUGGGAGCAAGAGAAUUGUAGCAGCCUUGACCAUGAGCCCUGCUGUGCUCCCAGCCCUCCUGGGCCUCACCCUUGUGCUGCCCCGUGCUCAGGCCCUGACCUGUCAGUCAGGAAGGGCGGUGGCUGUGAGGAAUGCAACAGAACUGCCCUUAGAGUGGACCGUUGGCGAGAUGAUCUGCAACGAGGGCUGGGGUUGCCAAGACACGGUGAUGCUCCUUGAGAAUGGACUCCAAGUGCUCCUAGUGCUCACCAAGGGAUGUACCCAGGAGAAGGAUCAAGAGGCCCAUAUCACCCAGCACCGGGAAGGCCCCGGCCUCUCCAUUGUCUCCUACACCCGUGUGUGUCGCCACAUGGAUCUCUGCAAUGACCUCUCCAGCACCGUCUCUCUCUGGAGCUUGCCAGCCCCUGUAGUUCCAGGGUUCAUGCGGUGCCCAGUCUGCUUGUCUACAGAAGGCUGCGAAUCUGCAACAGAAGUGACCUGCCCCAUCAGUCACUCACACUGCUACAACGGGAUCCUCAAGCUCAGGGGGGGGGGCAUCAGCAGCACACUGAGAGUCCAGGGAUGCAUGUCCCAAGCAGCCUGCAACCUGCUCAAUAAGACUCGAAAGAUUGGUCCCUUGUCCCUGAGUGAAAAAUGUGGUGUAAAAGGAAUGGAGGCCCUUACCUGUCAGUCUGGAACACUGGCAAAAGUGAUGAAUGUAACAGAACUGCCCCAGGAGUGGACUGCUGGACAGAAGGACUGCAAAGAGGGCUGGGGUUGCCAAGACACCCUGAUGUUACUUGAGAAUGGACCCCAAGUGCUCCUGGUGCUCAUGAAAGGCUGUACCCAGAAGAAAGAUCAAGAGGCCCGUAUCAUCCAGCACCGGGCAGGCCCUGGCCUCUCUGUUGUCUCCUACACCUAUGUGUGUCGCCAUGAACACCUCUGCAAUGACCUCUCCACCACCCUCCCUCUCUGGACACUGCAGCCCCCUGAAGUCCCAGGGUCUGUGCGGUGCCCAGUCUGCUUGUCUAAGGAAGGCUGUGAAUCUGCAACAGAAGUGACCUGCCCUGUUGGGCACUCACACUGCUACAAUGGGAUCCUCGAGCUCACAGGAGAGGACAUCAGCAGCACACUGAGAGUCCAGGGAUGCAUGUCCCAAGCAGCCUGCAACCUGCUUAAUGAGACUCGGGAGAUUGGGUCCUUGUCCGUGAGUGAAAAAUGUGGUGCAAAAGGAGCUCAGGCCCUGACCUGUCAGUCAGGAACAGGAGUGGCUGUGAGUAAUGCAGUAGAUAUGCCCUUGGAGUGGACCAUUGGCGAGAAGAUCUGCAACAAGGGCUGGGGUUGCCAAGAAACAGUGAUGCUCAUUGAGAAUGGACCCCAAGUGUUUCUAGUACUCACCAAGGGCUGUACCCAGGAGAAGGAUCAAAAGGCCCGUGUCACCAAGCACCGGGCAGGCCCUGGCCUCUCUAUUGUCUCCUACACCCGUGUGUGUCGCCAUGAGGACUUCUGCAAUGACCUCUCUACCACCCGCCCUCUCUGGUCCCCACCCCCUCCUUCAGUCCCAGGGUCCGUGCGGUGCCCAGUCUGCUUGUCUACAGAAGGCUGUGAAUCUGCAACAGAAGUGACCUGCCCUGCUGGGCACUCCCACUGCUACAAUGGGAUCCUCCAGUUCCGCGGAGGGGGCAUCGGCAGCACACUGAGAGUCCAGGGAUGCAUGUCCCAAGCAGCCUGCAACCUGCUUAAUGAGACUCGGGAGAUUGGGCCCUUGUCCGUGAGUGAAAAAUGUGGUGUAAAAGCUUCUCCGACCUGUGAAAAGGGAGUCGUAAUGCAGUUAAAAAAAAAUCUGGCUAAGGAACCCAUGGAAUGGAAUGCAGUUUCAAGCGUGACAUGUGAUUUGGAGGAGGUGUGUCAGGAGACUCUUCUGCUCAUAGAUGUAGGAUCCACAUCACUCAUUGUGGGGAGCAAAGGCUGCAUCAAGACUGAGACACCGAAUUACCAGACUGUCUCCAUCCACUCAGGGCCCCCUGGAAUGCUCAUGGCCUCCUACACCCGUUUCUGCUCCUCUAACAGGUGCAACAGUGCCAGCAGCACCAGUGUCCUGCUGAACUCCCUCCCUCCUCCAGCUGCCCCUGUCCCAGGAGGCCUGCAGUGUCCCACCUGUUUGAAGUUUGGAGAAGUCUGUAAAUUCUCUGAAAAUGUCAUGUGCCCUAAAGGUACCACUGGUUGUUAUAAAGGUUACAUCAAUAUCAAAGGAGGUGGGCUGUCUUCUGCAUUUAGCAUUCAGGGCUGCAUGGCCCCAUCUUCCAACUCCUUGUUGAACCACACCGACAUGAUUGGACCGUUCCACACAGUUGAAUUCCCUCAGGCUGUCAAUAAAGAUCACCAAAAUGGAGCUGCUCCUAAAUAUCCCCAAAGUGGGGCUGCUCCUGCCCCCUACCUGGCUUGGGUGGUGGGGCUGGGGCUGUCCCUAGCCCUUUGGUGUGGGAUGACCACGUUGUUCACUCUAUUUCCCUGUGAUUCUUAGCUCCCGCUGACACCUAAACCAAAUCCUCCCUGUGACCUCACAACCAAAUGCCCCGUUAUUUUACCAUCUUCUCCAUGAAUUCUCAUCCACAUGCACAACCACACACUUUGUGACCUGGUAGCAACAUUUGGAAGGGCCUGGGAGCAGCUGAACUGGCCCUGUGGGAGCUGGACACUCCAACAGUGGCCUCAUGUGUCUGAUGAAUAAAGGCAUUGUCUUUU